AUGGAUGAUGUUAUCGAAAUUUUAGAUGAUAUUACAAACCAACAGACACCAGUAAAAAAAGUUGUCGAAAUAUUUUCGAUAUCUUCAGAUGAAGAAAAUGCUAAUGAAAAAUACUCUCCAAACUUAUUGGAACCCAUACCAAAAUCAUCUCCGCCAAAAACUAAAAUUACUACCCUAGAAGUAAUUAGAUCAAGUCAAGGUGGUAACUCUUUAGAAAUUGAUUUACCAUUUUCUGAUGAUGCUUCUACAUUAGGCGAUAUCUCGGUUGUGAAAUCCAGAUCAAAUAUUACAGAUCCCUUUAAAGAUCUACCAUCAAAUCAAACUUAUUAUACUAAACUAAAAAAUAGAAAAGAAAAUAUUUUAGAUAAAAUAUUGUCUGAUACUUGUAAUAGUAGUUUGAAUAUCGAUUUAGAUAAUGCAUCUGAUAUUGAUUUGAAAGGUAAAUUUUCAAAUAUUGGUGAUGAUUCAGAUUCUAUUGAAGAAGGUGUAAUAUUAUUAGAUGAACAUACUCCUCCAAAUGAAGAUAUUAGUUUGAAAAAUACUACUGCACGUUGGAAUAAAUCCACUAAGUAUUUCAGUUCCUCACAGGAUGAAACCGAACUCGCAAGUAAUAAAAGAAGACUAGGUUCUUAUGAAAUAAACAAUAAUACAUUAGAAAAUAUGCCACUUUCCCAACCUACCCCUGUAUAUUCUAAUAAUUCUCAGAAUAAUGUACCCACUACCCCAAACUUCCAAGAAACUCCAGCAUUAAAUAACAAAAGACUAAAACCAAGCAAUGAAAAGAAUGAAGAUAAUAAUCGUCAGUUAUUUGUAGAAAAUACUAGUUCUAAUACCUCAAUUGGACCAUUCAAUGAUGACGCUAUAUCACCUCCAAUAAAUAACAUUAAUAUCGUAGAUCCUCAUAUUCCUAGUAAUUUUCAAAAUCAAGGUACAACUAAAUUACAUAAUGAUGUAGUUGAAUUAAACUUGUCUAAAUUUUUAGAUGAAAUAGAGGAUAUUAGUUACUCUAGCAAUUUGAAUUCUAAUGCUACAUCACCAACAAGGGACUUUGAUGAUGAUAAAACGAAUACUCCAGAUUGUACAAAUCAUAAUAUGUUUCAGCCAAAUACAGAGCAUAGUAGCAAAGAGAAUCUAUUUCAUGGGUUUUCUUGGGCAUCAUUAGAAUCUUAUAUUAUUAAUGGUAAAUAUUUGAGCAAAGAAAAAUCAACUGACUUAAUACGACGUCAUACUCAAACCAACAACCAAUUAUUUAAACAAGUCAAUCAAAUUUAUAGAGAUAAUACAGUUGCAAGAUCUUCACUUGUGGUUCGUAUUCCGAAACUUUUAUAUGACCAUUUUACUAAGGAUAAUACUAACGCUAUUGAUACUUUAUUAGAACCUGCAAAAUUAGAAAUCAACUAUUCAACUUCGAAUAAUACACCUAGUAUUGAAAUUUUUAGAAAGUGUGACAGUGUUUAUGAUUUUAAUUCUGAUGUUUAUUUUCCCUCUGAAGAAACAAUUAUUGAAGAGAGUAUUGUCGUACUAUAUUAUUCAGCUCAAGAUUUCUUCAGACAAUAUAAAGAAUCUAAAAAGACAAUUUUAAAUGAAAUAAAAAAAUUACAAAAUCAUAAGAAAUUUAUAAUAUUAGUAUUAUGUGAUAUUUCCAAAUUAAGAAGAGACUUAGAAAGCAUUGAAAAUCGAAUAUAUAGAGAGAAAGUUAAUAAUCAGCUUUCAAAUAAUACUAAUAGUGCGAGCCAAAAGAAGCUUUCUAAAAACUUGGAGCGAGUAUCUCAACUGGGACUAGCAUCAAAUAAUUUAAAAGAAAUUUUGAGAAGUAUUGAUAGACUAUGGAAUGUGAAAUUAUUUACAGUUAAUUCAGAUAAUGAAUUUAUAAAUUUGUUACCAAAUUUACUUUCAUUAAUUGGUAAACAAAGAAAAGAUCCUUCUAUUAGGUUUAUGAAAUAUGCAUAUAUGAAGGUAAAAUCUGGCAAAAAUAAAACAGAUACCUUGAAGAAAGCUUUGCAUGAAGUUGGGCGAAUUCCAGAAUUAAAAGCGUUAAAUAUAACUUCUAUAUAUCCAAGUUUCCAAUCUUUAUACCAUGAUUUUUCAAUGGGUAAACUUAAAGCUGGUAAAGAUGGCAAAUAUUUAUUAGCUGAAAAUGUAGAGAAGCGUCUUUAUAAAUUAUUUACAUGCAAAGAUCCAACUGCAACUAUUGACUGA